AUGCCCGAAUCCCGAACGGGCGACGCCAUGGAGGCGGUCCUCGCCAUCCCGGAGCUCUUGGAGGCUAUACUGGUUCAGGUCGACAUGAGGACCCUACUGGUUUCGGUGAGUCGCGUGAGCCGUACCUGGAAAGCCUUCGUGGAUGGAUCUCCGGCCCUCCAACAAGCUCUCUUCUUUAAGCCGGUGUCCGAUGCUUCCAGAGGAACCAUCCACGGCCUCGAGGGGAUCCCCUUCCCGAGAGUUCCGAUUGAAUACAGGCUUCUGUCAGAUAACGAUGCUCGACUCAUCAACCCUCUGCUCGCAGAGAAAUUUGACAAGUGCUUCUUCGACUUCGGGCCCACCUGCUCGUUCCACCGUCGUCUAAACUCGUUUUACGAGCUUCCGUGGUCAAUUCGCCCGGAACCGGUCCAGACGAUUCGAGAGAACUGGGGAGGUUGGACCCAAGUCAGGCCAGCUGAGCUCGACGAAGAGUCGGCACGGGCCCUGGCGGAGUCCCGACGACGGUUCACCCGCCGCGGCGCGAGCUGGCGGUGGAUGCUCGUCUCCCAGCCUCCGCCUCCGUCCCUGGGAUACAUGCGCUUCGACGUCCGCAGCAUAACGGCAAGCGACCAAGUCGUCUCCAGCUCAUGGAUCCGCCCCGGCGGCGAGACCGCAAUCGCGGGGUUCCGGAUGGGAGAGCUCUACGACGUCGUCCUGCACGGGUCCGGAUACCACGGGCGGCAGUCGCUCUGGUUCAGGGUUCUCUGGGGCCGGCCGACCAGCGGGUUCGCGCUCCCUCACGCCAAGGGGGUGUUUGAGAAGCUGACGUCGCAGACGGGCGUCGUGGUGGAGUUCAUGCAGGCCGGCGACUGGGCCCUGCCGAGCAACCCACGGAACCCGGCGGACGUUAGGGUGUUUGACGCUGCUUUCCGGUGCGAGGAGUACAGCGAGGUGGGUUUCGAAACAGAGGAGACCGGGGCCGAGGAGGACUGCUAUCCCGAUUACCACCCUGAGAAUAUGAUUUGGCAUUGGCGUUGA